CUGCUCCUGCAGUUUCUGAGUGUUGUUUCUCCAAUUUUGUCGACUCUCAAAUUCCAGCCAAAAGAAUUGCUGAGAAGAGUGCUGUGAAGACAAAUUCAAAUUGUGCUCUCCCACUCUAAAUCAUAUGAGCCUUGGAUAAAGACUGUGAUGGAGCAGCUUGAAGUAGAAGUGAAUAAAAGCAGUUUGAAGAAGAAGAAAAAAAUGCAGGUUGAAAAACAAAAGUCUUCAUGCAAGGAAAAUAUUUUAAGUGUGAAGCAGAUUAUAAUUCACUCAGACAUCUCCAAAAACUCAUCAUCAAGCCUGCAGAUCAACUUCAGAUCAGAAACCAUGAGAACAUCUUGUGUUUGGGUAUUUGAACUGGUCCUGCUGAUGGUCUGGACUUCUGAGACUCAAACAACAGCUCAAGCGUCUCCAAUCUCUGAAAGGGUUUCAACAUCUGUAGGUCAAUUUUGUGUGAAACCAGAUACUGCUUGGAAAAAUGUGUUGGAAACACAUAAUGUGACAGGACUGACAAACACUCUACCCAUACCAGAAAAUAACCCCCCACUCAGCCCAGAGACACCCACCUCACGGCCCAAGGACACCCAACACCCGGCCCAAGGACACCCACCUUCCGACCCAAGGACACCCACCUCCCGACCCAAAGAUACCCACCUCCCGGCCCAAGGACACCCACCUCACGGCCCAAGGACACCCACCUCCCGACCCAAGGACACCCACCUCCCGGUCCAAAGACUCCCACCUCCCGACCCAAGGACACCAUCCUCCCGAUCCAAGGACACCCACCUCCCGGCCAAAGGACAGCCACCUCCCGGACAAAGGACAGCCACCAGCCACCGGCUCAAGGACAGGGACUAUUUGGGGUGGAUGGACUUUGGGUGAUCCCAAAGAAGACCCACCACACCCAAACGUUUGGUGGUGCUGCAGGUAGACAGAUAGACAGUUGAUCAAAUUAGAAACAGGUACCAUAGUGGAACAUUUGCAAGUUCCUCAAUGAGCUUUGUAAGCUCAAAUGGUUGUAAUCUUAGAGAUGCACAUAAAUCUAAAGUGAUUAAAAUGAAUCAAAUUAGAAACAAAAGAAUUUUACAGCCCUGUACCAUAUAGUUGAAUCCUGCAUGUUCCUCUAUGAACAUAGCCUAUAUAUAAAGACCUUAAAAGGACACAGAAACAAACUAAUAUGCUGAUUAACCAGCCAGAUAUGGUUAUGGUAGAUAAGAAGAACAGAAGAAUUGGCCGUCACAGAACCUAAAGUCAUAAAAAGGACCUUUAUUUUGAAGAAUGAAUAAUAUUGACACAUAUUUAGAUUUAACAUAUAUUAUACAGGGUCGGAUAUGAGACGUGUUGCUUCAAUUUUAUUGACUUUAAAAUUCCAGCCACAAAAACUGUGAGUGCUCUGAAGACAGGUUUACAUUGCCCUGUCGCAGGCAUUGUGCAAGUAUUUUACUCUAAAAUAUAUUAUUUAGAAAAACUCCUUUUAAAUUGUAGACAUAUCAUAAAACCGAUUCUGUGUAGUAAAAUGUGAAUG